AUGGCUAAACAAUGUCCGAACGGCGGUGGGAUUUCGUCGGUCAAGUGUCCCGGCCGAAACAUGCUGAUUGGUGCUGGAGUGGUAGUUGUCGUGGGACUAGUCAUUUAUUGGGCUAGACGAGGUGGCAAGGUAGGUUACUGUAAUUUUUUGAGAUUUUUGAUUUUUUUUGUUUUGGUACAGUAUAGUACGUUGGUGGUACUGUAAAUUACAGUAUGAAAAUCGAGAUUGUGAUACCGUGUUAUGAUACACAGUAUCAAAAUUUCGCUGUUUUACCGUCCUACAAGCUACAGUACCACAGCUUUAAUUAUAUACCGUACUACAAAAUUACAGUAUGACAAAUAUCAGUUUACAGUACUAUAAGUUACAGAAUCAAUGUUUUUGACUUCUUCACUUUUAGAAAUCCCAUUUGGAAGUAAUCCCGGCUACAGAAACUGCCGUUCCGCCCCCGCCACUACAAGCUCCACCACCACCUCCGCCACAAUAA